AUUCAUACUACACUGACGACAAAUGCAUAUAUUGCUACAAUACAAAAUAUAGUAACUGGACUAAAGCAAUUAUUAUCAAAAUCAAAAGAAAACCAAAAUAAAUUUGAAGAAAAUGCUAUUACAUUAUAUCAUCAAGGAUUACAAUAUAUCUAUUGGAAACUAAAUGCAAAAGAAUAUACUUGUACAAACUUAGAAAAUAUACUAUUCAACUAUCUUAUAAAUGACGGAACCAAUAAUAAAUAUUUAAACCAAUUACAAACCAUACAACAAACUGAUAUACAACUAGAAAAAGAAAUACCAUAUUCAAAAGACAAAUUUGAUCCAAGAACUCGAGAUACUGGAAAAGAAAUACUAAAACAAAGACCACCACAUACAACAUUAAAACUAUUAGACGCUUCUGUACAAACAGCUGCACUGAUAACUUUUAGUCAAAUGACUUAUAUAAAAAGAUUAGAAAAGGAAUCUAAAAUAGGAGUAACAUCAUGCACAUAUGAAUUACACAAAUCUAUAAUUACAACCGAACAAAGGUUACAACAAGCUCACCUACUAAACAGAGCUCACGCAAUACAAGAAGAAAUUAGAACUGCUAAUUGA